GCGCUCGGGUUUAAUUUUAGCAAACCGAUAACCCCGUUCACUCGCUGACGUCGUUAUGUUUUUGUGGGAUAGACAAGUCUUACAUAAGGCAUAGUGUGAGUGCGAGCUUAACAAACGCACAGAGGUCAGCAAUUCAUCCGCAAUACCAGGCACUGGUGCCGAUCAUUACUAUCAUCAACCACACCUAGCUACAUCGUCAUGACCUCCGUGAUUAUUUUCGGCCCUACAGGCCAAGUCGGAUCCGUUGCCGCACGUACGGCUGCAGAACUUGGGGCCAAGGUUUGGCUGGCAAUGCGAGACACCAAAAAAAGCAUUCCUGGCCUCACACAAGAUAUAGAAAAGACAGGUGGCUUUUGCAGGAUCAAAGCCGAUCUACAGGAACCCGAGACUGUGAGCCAAGCAGUCAAGACCUCUGGAGCCAAGCGCGCAUUCAUCUACCUCAUCCAUGGCGCACCAGAUCACCUAAAGGGCGCCAUCGUGGCGAUGAAGGCCGCAGGUAUUGAACUUGUGGUCUUCCUGAGCAGCUUCACUAUCCCUACCAAUCUGAGUUUGCGAGAGAUCCCUUCCUCCGACAUGAUUCCGCAUUUGCAUGCGCAGGCUGAAGCGAAUCUGGAGGACACGUUUGGCUCUGACCACUAUGUCGCCGUCCGUGCCGGAUGCUUCAUCACGAAUCUGCUGGUGGAGAAAGAUGGUAUAGCUGCAAACGACGUGAAACUGCUGUGCGGCGGCCUGUUCGAGCAGGACAAUAUCACACCGAGCGACAUCGGUAGAGUAAUUGCCAACAUCCUCGUUUCAGGUCCACGUAACGGACAGAACAAGGUGUAUCUUUACGGUCCCGAAGUCCUAUCGAUGCAUGACAGCAUCGCCAAAAUAGGCAAGGCACUUGGCAAAGACAUGACGAUAACGGCUCGGAGUCCUGAGGAAACGUACGACAAACUCAUCGGCUCCGGCAUACCGGCCGCGUCCGCGAAACAUAUGGUGGAUUUGUGGAGUAUUAAAGGCACAGACAAGGGAAAUGGUGUGCGGUGGCCCUGCUAUGAGGAGGGCGUAAACAAUGUGGAGCUUUACACUGGUAAGCCGGCAACCAGUCUUGGGGAUUGGGUCGAGGAGAACAAAGCAAUUUUCAGUGCAUAGUAGAUGGCGAAGCAAUCCAUCGAACGACUUCAAGCAAGCGGUACUAUUUGAUUAAUGACUUGUAUAUGUCGUAUUCGUCGAUGUUAGUCUUCGAGGUUAACGUUGAUGCGGACGUAUGCUUGAGAGCGAGUUGAUAAUGGAACCACUCGCAGUUGUCGAAAACAUUUUGGAUGCAGUUAUGAUGCCAGUUUCUGCUGCUAACUCUGCUCCUUGUGAGCCAUAACAACAUUGGUAG